CUUUACGAACGAGUAAUCAGUUAAACGAUAACAGUUGGAGCGGUUUCAGUGAUAUGCGUGUGUUCGAUCGAAAAUUUAGUUGAAAAGAAAAUUUAAAGAAAAUGAAAAGGAUUUACAGUGUCUUGUGGUUCGGAUUAGUGAUCUUAUUCGAUACGGUGUACGGACAAAAAGCGGAUCGAAUAUGUGCUACCAGUCGAUUCGAGACGGAAUGCACACAAUUACAAAGAGGCAAUUCAGAAGUAGUUUGUGAACCCGUGCAGGAUAGCAUACAAUGUGCGCAAAAAAUUCGUAAUGGAACUGCCGAUUUCGGUAUAUUUACGGCUGAAUCAUCUCUACAAUUGGCAAGUUUGGGGUGGCCAGAACUGACUGUAAUCAAAGAGUUACGACAUAUGGAUCGGAUGGGAUCUGCCGUUGACUUUGAAACAGUUGUUGUUGUGCGAGCUGGACAUGAAGGUGGAAUAGACGGAUUGCGAGGAGCCAGCUUCUGUCAUCCUGGAUAUCAUUACGAUCGUACUCAGCGUUGGAGUGAACGCAUUUUAAAGCAUUUUGAAAGGAGCAUUGUAACGCCGAAUUGUGACGGUGAUCUGAAGUCACCAGCUGAAAUUGAAACAGCCGCAUUAGCGACGUUUUUCAAAAGUGCCUGCCGACCGGGAACAUGGUCCCAUAAUAAGCGUGAAGAUGACGAAUUGAAACGUAAAUUUCCCGAACUAUGUUCCUUGUGCAAUUCAGAAGACAAUGGAAACUGUUCGUAUGGAACCCCCGGUAACAAUCAUCAGCAGGCAUUAAAUUGUUUGAUACAUGGUGGCGAUGUUGCCUACGUAUCUCUUGAGGAUGCUCAUAAUUUCUUCUUCAUUGACAAUCCAGAAAUGGCUAGUUAUUACAACUUCUUGUGUCCUAAUGGAACCAAAGAACCAAUUUCUGACAAUGCUCGACCAUGUACUUGGAUCAGUCAACCAUGGAAAUUAAUUAUUUCGAGCAAUACAAAGGCACUGCUAUUAAAUCACAAAGUCAACUAUUGGAUGAGAUCAUCUGCCAUUGGAAUUUGGGAAACUGCAGUCAAAGACAUUAUCCAAGCUGACAAUUUCUUUGUCAAUGAUGCCACAAUUCAAGCUCCCAGAGACUACUUCCGACUAUACAGAGACGUACCUAUUGCAAUUUCCUUAUGCUCGACAAAUGCUGUUUGGUGUACUUCUUCAUUGGAAGAGAAUGAAAAAUGUGAAGUAAUUCGGGCUGGCGGUGUUACGUCAGGCGUCUAUCCAAUAAUUGAAUGUAAGGAACCUGCAACUUCUGUCGUUAGCUGCUUAGGCGAUGUCAGUGCUGGCAGAGCUGAUCUAAUGGGCAUUGAUUCAAAUUUUGGUUUUUUGGCUAGACACACUUAUAACUUAACCGCAGCAUUAUAUGCCGAAACUGAAAAUGCAAAAUAUUCUUCAGUGGUAACUGUUAUCAAAGCCACAUCAAAGUACGAGAGAUUUGAAAAUUUACGCAAUUCUAAGGCAUGUUUCGCUGAAUUCGGUGGAAUCGCGCUGAUGGCAUUCAUCAAUACCGGCAAGAAUAGAGGAUUCUUUUCGAAAAAUGAAUGCAACUACGGUCGCUUACUGUCCAACUAUUUCGGCUCUUCAUGUGCCCCUGGUGCCACUGAUUUCGGUCAUGAUCCUAAUGCCGCCAAUUCAGAGAGUUUAUGCUCUUUAUGCAAGACAAUGAUAAUGCCUAUUCAACCGAUAAUAACAAUAGGACCACCGGACGUAACAAUCAAUCCUCCAUCAUCGGAAAGUUCGAUAACGAUACUACCGCCCGAUUGGCCAACAAUAUCACCACCCGGAACUCCCAGAUUAGAUGAUGAAGGAAAUGUUAUUGAAGAAGCACCGGUAGAAGAGGCCCCACAAGAAACUGCACCCGUAGAUGAAACAGUUGAUAUGACGAGCAAGGCUGGUGAAGUUCACAUAAAUUGCAAUGCUGAUGCAACGAAUCGAUUUUAUGGAAAUCGAGGUGCUCUGAGAUGUUUACAUGAGGAAGGCGAUGUUGCGAUUUUAGAGCUUCAGUAUUUGCGAGACCACACUGCCGAACUUGGACUGAACGAACACGACUUCCGUAUAAUAUGCAGAAAUGGUUCAUUGGCAGACAGAACCGGUUUCGAUAUAGAUGAAGCUUGCGCUUUGACAACGAUCGUCGACAAUGAAAUCGUGGUGCGACCGAGGAGUGAUAAAAUUCCGGGAAUCAUAAAUGCACUCUCAUCGUUCGAUAAGUACUUUUCGUUGAAUCCUGAUUUCAAAAUGUACAACGUCUUCAAUGGAUAUAAGCAUUUGCUGUUCAAAGACUCAACGUUAGGUGUAGUGUCGUAUGAGGAAGAGGAUUUGGGAGAGACCGUACAAAAUUACAAAAGUUUAUUUUCCAAUUUAGAAGAAUGUGUGCAGGGAUCGUCGACAACAGCAACGCUGUCAACCAGUCUUCUGCUAACGAUUGUCAUUUCAUUUAUUUUGCGACGGGUAUACGAAUGAAAUCCACUAGGGUAUUUCGAUAGUUAGUUCCGUUCGCCAUCACAUCAUCAUCCAAGUUUUCUUUACUGUUUUUCCUUCUUCAUUCACAUCAAAUUGAGCAGGUCUUAAACGUAUCUUAAUAACAGUAUUCCGAUAAAUGAGAACAUUUUAAUUUUAAUUUAGAAAUUACUGAGAAAUAAAGUUAAGAACCGAAA